AUGCAUAUUUUCAUCACGACUUUUACGAGCGGUGCUGUUCUGCCAUAUGGAGUGUACUUCGAGGACCUUAUUUUAAGUCGCUUCUUCUUCAUCCUCGGCAUCGAAUUCUCCAAUUCUUCUACCCAUACCGUAUUACUAGCUCACUAUGUUUCAUGGUAUGUCUUCCAUAUCUUGGUCAUUCUAACUCGGAUUCAGCGCACUGGAGCAGCUCAUACAGCUCAUUCUUUCCAUGAUGCGGGCUCAAGUGUAUCUAACCCCUACCCUCGAGGUGAAGCCUAUGUCGACUCGAGACGGAAGCGGACUAUUAUCAGUCUUUUGGAUGUUUUGAACGAGCUUAGCAAUGAGUCUUCUCCAUUCAAUGAUGCCAACCUUCCUCCCACCUUUGAAGAUGACGAACCUACCGUGGAUGAAAAACUGCAAAUCGCAGGAUCAGAAGCAUUCAAUAGAUUUGAGAGGCGAAUUGAUAAUCUCGACAAAGAGCUGCGGAAUUUUGCUAAUGCUGCUCGUCAACUUGGCAGUUCCGUUGGAAUUUUAUCCUCCGCUCUUCGACUACGAGAGCGCCUCGCGAAACUGUUAUUUCUAUUUCGGGAGAACGCAGCUACUUUAUUUCCUCGGAAAAUUUCGCGUCAACCUCGAGAGGCGCUGGUUGUUCAUGCUUGGAUGGAGCGACGGUGCACCGAUCAUCAACCUUCGCCCAAGGCCCACCCUGAUCCUGAAAGUAUCCCCGACCAAUUUGCUGGUUUCGCAGAAGACGUUGUAACUUUCCUAACCUGCCUGAACGAGUUCCCGGAAUUUACAGACGAGGCGGUCAACACGUCAAUACGUGCUUUCGAAUUCGAUCUGAAGUAUUGGUCUUCGUGUCUUCAGGAGUACAAAGGUAGUCAAUUUCGGUAUCCAGCAGUGCAGCGUUAUAUCCAUGAUUUGACCUUGGAGAUUGGGGAGCACAUUGACAACAUCACAGUCAAUCUGUCCAUGUUUAUCGAAAUUGGUGUUCCGACGAUUAGAUUCGCCCAGCAGCACUCAUCGGCAAACCUGCUAAACUUAUCGACAGUCGCGACGUUCUUCUCAGUUGUGACGGCGACGACCCUACAAUGCUCAUACCAGCUGACGGACAGCGUGCUGGAGAAAUCUGUCAAUGCGUUCUGGUUCUCCUCAUUGGUUUUCAGUAUAGCAGCCGCAGUGAACAGCCUCCUUGGUCUCACCUGGAAGCAAGCCAUGUAUCGCUCUCCAUUGCAUAGGGUACCUUGGUGGGUAGUGAUAUGGAUCAAACGAUCGCCUUUAGUGUUCCUCGUGAUGGCUGUGGCAUGCUUUUCCGUGGGCUUAAUGCUGUUCACAUAUGCCACAGAACAGGCAGUCACUUCUCUCGGCCUGGCUGUCGUGUCGGCCUGGUUCGCUUCUGAGCGCUGGAUAUUUGUUCACUACCACGGUCACGUUUGGCUGGAUGAUGCGAUCAAUGAAGCAACCCACCGCAUAUUCCGCCUUUCUCUGGUCGUGGCAGUGCAGGAGGCCAUUCACUGCUGUGUCGUGACCAUCAGCGUCCUGUUGAGACGAGUGUUCACAGACAUGAUUACUCGGAUCAGACAUAGGGACCAUACUCUUCCCACUAAGCAGGAGGGCCCGUCGAUGGUUGAUCUUUCUCACCACCGCGAUAUGUCUAUUUCUGCGUGCGGGGAUUUCACUGAGCGUCCCAAUUCUACGGAAGGGCAUGCUGGUGAGGAGUGCGAGACGUCUCGCCGAGCCGUUGUCCGUCAGCGCUUUCAAGGGGCUGUGCGCUCUGUCAUCAUGGUGCAACAGCAGCAAGCGGGGAGACCGCAACGAAUUCCAUCAUUCGACUGGAAUUCUACCGCGGGGAUGACUCCCACUCGAGGCUCGUCCAUGGAUGAUAUAAGCGCCAUUCGAGGACCGCCAGACACCUUGAUCCCGAAGCUUAAAACCCUAGACCCUGUGCAGGACCUCUCCGUACACACUGCCCUUGUCCGGCAUUUACAGUUCUCCCCGAGUGGCAAGUAUCUCGCUACGUCAAGUUGGGAUCGAUCUUCUGUCAUCUUUCGUGUCGGGGAGGAUUUUACGAUCCAUGCUAUUCUGGUACACGUGCGAGGAUUCAUCGGUCAGGUUGCAUGGUCCGCAUCUGAUACCCUUCUCUUGACGAGAUUACCCCGCGGAAUUAAGAUUUGGACAAAGGAUGGGCUCUGUAGGAAAACCAUCGAACGGCCGCACUCUGUGGCAUCCGUUGCAUGGCUGCCUGCGAAUGAGACCCAAUUCUUAUCUGUCGAAGGAAGCGAGGUUUUCAAACUGGACAUUCGAGGAAGGGUUCUUGAUUCCUACCACUUUGGUCGUAUCAAGUUGCAUAAUGUGGCCGUGACUCCAGAUGGCCAGCGGUUGCUGGGUGUGGGACCACUACUUGCGGCACCUAACGGGAUGCAUCCGAGCCGCACUACUAGGGUUGAGAAGCGUAUAAUAGUUUUCAACAUAGAGAGCAGAACAUUUGAAAACCAGACACCCGUCGUCAACGACGUGCGUGACAUCACGAUGUCCAAAAGUGGUGGAAAUGUGUUGAUUUCAUUCGAGCAUAAGACACCUCCGCAGCUAUGGAAGAUGGAGUUAGUACGGGAUACUAAAGAUCGCGAAAACCCCUUUGCACAAAUUGCUAGGUUGACUCUCCGUCACACGUAUCUGCCUACAGCGGAUGUGGAUUUCGUGGGCCCGAGCUACUUCGGCGGUGUGGACGACCAGCUAGUGUUAUGUGCGGGCAAAGCGGGCGAUAUCCAUAUCUGGGAUCGCGAUACUGCAACUUUGCUCCACUACAUCAGACCUCAGGCGUUCGGCGGGGACUUGACAUGCGCUGCAUGGAAUCAUUCCACUGACGACCCCUUCAUGUUAGCAACGGGCAGCCAUGACGGUACGGUACACAUAUGGAAGACACCAACGUGGGACCACUCGUCUGAUGAUGGUUCGUAUCUCGAGCAUGCUGGUAUUACAAUUGGGGAUCGGCGCACGUCUUCGCCUAUCCUUGGUCCACCGCCUGCCCCUGGAUCCUGUCGGGGGGCUCGAAAAACAGCACCGGCCAUACGUACCACAAUCUCGCAAGGGUCAUGGUAG